CGGGAGCGAAAGCAAAAACAAAAUUGCCAUGUUAAUUAACAAGCCGUUGGUCGUUUUGUUGGUCGUUAUGAUCCUCCCUUUUGCAGCUCUGCUGGCGUUGUUUCUGGUCGCGGCAAAUAUUAUUUUGGCAUAUUAAACAUUUUGGCAUAUUAAACAUGUUUGAUAUUGGGUAAAUGUGUUGCAAAUGACAAAACUACUGCAAUUCUUCCCAGCACACGAGAAUUUUUGUUGCAAUUAAUUUGUCACGAUUGUUGCAGAAUCUUUCGUUUAUUCUGCCUUUCUGGUUCAUCAAACGUUCACACUCGAAGGGACUGUAUAUUCUGAUUUAUUAUCGAUAGAUUACAUUUCAUUUUGCUAUAUACAAUGGGUCAUUAUUUGGUAUAUCCCUAUAUCAUAUUACAAUUACUAGUUAGAUCACAUUACCCAAAUCAGAUAUUUUACAUAAAGUUUUACUACAUAUUAACUCGCGCUCCGUGGACUGGUGAUCUGCGCUGGGAACUUACGACAUCCAUCUUUAGCGAACAAACGCCGUGUUGCCAUAUUGACGAAACAUUAGCCAAAAAUUCCCUUCCACAUCGACAUAUUUCAAUAGCAUGGACACUGAAAAAACACCACUUUUAGGCAGUGGUCACGGACCCAAUACACCAUCAGUGGGUUAUAAACCAAACUCGAAGGAUGGUAGCCGAAAAAGCGUAGCAAUACCAACUGUUUCAGUUAGAGAAUUGCUUCGUUUUCGCGACGGCACGGAUACCAUUUUGCUGACAAUUGCUGCUUUGGGGUGUAUUAUCUAUGGCGGUAUUACUCCUGGUCAAUAUAUAUUAUUUGGUACUUUGACACAAGACUUCGUCGAUUUUACUAUUUGUGUGAAGAAUAACUGUAGCGAUCCAAUAGACCUCGAGGACUCCAUGACUACAGUCGCGAUAUGGUACAUUGGUCUUGCUGCAGCCAACCUAUUCUUCUCAUGGCUGGGUUUAGGCUUAUUUGGCCUUUCGGCGGAACGACAGGUGCACAAGAUGAAGUUGGCCCUAUUUAGGAACGCAAUCCAUCAGGAGAUUGGGUGGUUCGAUUCGCACUCGACUGGAGAGAUACUCAGUCGACUCUCAGAGGACAUCAAUAAAAUUGGCGAUGGUAUUGGUUCUAAAUUUGGCCGGAUAAUAUGUAGUUUGAUUGGUUUUUUUGCUGGAUAUAUAAUCGGGUUCAUCUAUUGUUGGCAGCUAACACUAGUUAUGUUGGCACAACUACCGCUGCUCUUCAUCGUGGGUGGAAUGAUGGCGAAGGCGACCGGUAGCUACACAAGCAAAGAACUAGAGGCUUAUUCAAAAGCUGGCCACGUCGCUGAGCAAAGUAUUUCGUCUAUCAAAACGGUGGCUGCUUUUGGUGGAGAGAAUAAACAAGCCGAACUAUAUGAUAACCAUCUUGGUGAUGCGUGCAAUUUUGGAAUCAGUAAAGGAUUAGCAAUCGGACUAGGAAUGGGUGGCUUUCAGCUGGUGCUGUAUUGCAACGUUGCCUUGUCAUUAUGGUACUGCGUUAAACUAGUAAAAGAUGGAGACGCUGAGGCUGGUGAUACCCUUACGGUCUUCUUCUGUGUUAUCGUUGGUUCUAUGACAACAGGGCAAUCAGGACCGAGUUUUGAGGCACUAAGCGUGGCGAAGGCAUCGGGGUAUACUGUAUUCAAACUGAUUGACCGGAUAUCCAAAAUUGAUGCAUCGUCAGAUGAAGGACUUAAACCAGCUGCUGUUACAGGAGACGUUGAAUUUUCUGACAUUAAUUUUGUAUACCCAACUCGACCUGACAUCCAAAUUCUGAGAAAUUUCAGUCUUAAAGUUCCCAGUGGAAAGCGGGUUGCACUUGUUGGAGAAAGCGGCUGUGGAAAAAGUACAGUUGUUAAACUAAUACAGAGGUUUUAUGACCCAGUCGCUGGAUCAGUAAAACUCGACGGUAAUGACAUCAAAUCACUAAAUAUCAGAUACCUACGAAGCUUGAUUGGUGUCGUAAAUCAAGAACCUGUAUUAUUUGCUACAACAAUUGCUGAAAACAUAGCUUAUGGACGUGACGGGGCUACGCGACGUGAAAUCGAAGAAGCUGCGAAAAUGGCCAACGCACACAAUUUUAUAACCCAGUUUCCAAAGGGUUAUGACACCGUUUGUGGUGAACGCGGAGCUAAAAUGAGUGGUGGACAAAAACAGCGAAUCGCCAUCGCACGAGCGUUGAUCAGAAACCCAAAAAUUUUGCUGCUAGAUGAGGCUACGUCUGCUCUUGAUACAGAAAGCGAAGCUGUUGUGCAAGAUGCUCUUAACAAAGCAGGAGAAGGCCGUACAACUAUCAUUAUUGCACAUCGUCUAUCCACAAUAAAAAACGCCGAUAUAAUAGUUUCCGUAAAACAUGGAUCUGUUGUUGAGACUGGCAAUCAUGACGAACUAAUGGCCCUUGAUGGAAUCUACAGAAGUCUUGUAAGGCUACAGGAUCGUGCAGGUCUUAAAGAACAUGAAAAAGAUGAAAGUGAGGAAGAAGAGGAAAAAUUGACGUUGGAUGAAGACACUCUCGCUGUCCCACAACUAGAAAUGUCUUCAGCGACCUCUUCCGCCUAUACCGCUUCUCGUAUAUCACGAAAGUCUGAAGAGGAGGAUGUAAGACCAGUGUCACUCAAAAAAGUACUGCAAAAGAAUCGUCCGGAAUGGGGAUAUAUGUUGCUCGGUUGUAUUGGUGCUGCAAUAUUCGGCGCCUAUCCGUUUCUUUUUGGAUUAAGUUUAGGAGGAAUAUAUGAUGCGUUAGGUAAUGAUCCAUCUAAGGCAGACCAAAGAGAAGAUAUGGAAGACGCAAGCCUGAAAUGGGCGCUGUAUUACGUGUUUGUUGGCGUGGAAAGUUUUAUUGGUGUGAUCAUGCAGAACUGGUUUUUAGCCAAGUCUGGGGAGGCGUUGAUAAAACGAUUACGGAAGGAAACUUUCCUAGCCAUUCUCAGACAGGAGAUAUCCUACUUUGAUCAACCUGAAAACGGAACAGGUGCAUUAUGCACUCGAUUGGCUGCUGAUGUAUCCAAAAUUCAGGGGGCAACUGGAGCACAAUUUGGUCUUAUUUCGUCAUCGAUCGUUACCAUAGCUGGUGCUUGUAUAAUCGCUUUCAGUUUCUGUUGGAAACUAGCUUUAGCUAUGCUCUGUUCCGUUCCACUUCUGCUGAUUUCUGGAACCUUCUAUAACGUAUUCCUCGGUGGCGGAACAAUUGGUCCUGAAAGAACUAGCAGUGGGCAGGUAGCAGCUGAAACGAUUUCAAACAUUCAAACAGUUGUGUCUUUGGGACAAGAAGAUACAUUUUUUGAACGGUUCAGAGAAUCGCAAGCGGAAACAUUCAGGAAAGCAAAAAGGGCAAGUCACAUCGCUGGAUUUGCCAAUGGUAGUGUGAUGGGUGCUGUCAAUAUCAGUUUUGCAGUAGGAUUUCGCUAUGGUGGAUAUCUUCUCACUGAAGACGAACUUACAUUACAAGAUAUGAUGACAGUUGUGAUGACAGCUACCGUAAGUGGUAUUAUUUUGGGCCAAACGGCUUCGAUGACACCGGACUAUUCUGAAGCAAAGCGAGCCACAAACAAAGUAUUUCGGUUCUUGGAGAAGAUCCCUAGCAUUGACAGUUAUUCUGACAGAGGGUUGCACCCGAGUUCUUGCAAUGGCGAAGUUCGACUUGCAAACGUUGGUUUUCGAUAUCCAACACGACGUAAUGUGAAAGUAUUACGCAAUUUGAGUAUCAACGUCCAACCAGGUCACACGGUAGCUCUUGUUGGAACGAGCGGGUCUGGAAAGAGUACUUCCGUCUCAUUGAUCGAACGGUUUUAUGACGUGAGGAGUGGAAGUGUGAUGAUAGAUGAUUGCGAUGUUAAGGAGUUGAAUUUGAAAUGGUUAAGAAGUCAAAUAGGAAUUGUCUCUCAAGAACCAGUUUUAUUUGAUCUGUCUAUAAGAGACAAUAUCGCUUACGGUGAUACAACAAGAAUGGUUAGCGAUAGGGAAAUCGAAGACGCUGCAAAGUCUGCAAAUAUUCAUGAUUUCAUUUCACAAUUACCGAAGAAAUAUGAUACCACAGUUGGAGAUAGAGGCGCUUUGAUAUCUGGCGGGCAAAAACAAAGAAUUGCUAUUGCUCGAGCACUAAUACGAGAUCCAAAGAUUCUGCUUCUGGAUGAAGCAACGUCUGCUCUUGAUACCGAAAGCGAAAAGGUUGUCCAAGAAGCAUUAGAUAAAGCAAGCAUUGGUCGGACAACGUUGGUAAUCGCUCAUCGCCUGUCUACUAUUCAACAUGCAGAUGCUAUUAUCGUUAUGAAGAAGGGAAAGGUUAUAGAAAAUGGAACCCAUGAACAGUUAAUGUCUCUAAAGGGGGUAUAUUAUGCCUUACAUCGUGCGCAAUCGCUAUCUUCAUGAAGCCAAUGCGGCUAUAUAUGGCUGUGUUGCACGGGUGCAUGUAUGCCGAACUGUAUAUUAAGCUAUUAGCGUCUUUUUUGGUAAAUUUAGUUUUGUGCCACAUUUGGUAUAUCAAUUGUGGCAAUCUACGAUUAAUAUGAAUCUAGCAUUUCUUUAGGUUUAUGCGAAUUUUGAAAUAAAUUUUUUUCUCAGCAA